AUGUUUCGACUUCUCCCAAGGACGCUCUUUGCUGCGCGUCCAACCGCAUGGUCAACUACCUCUGUUCGAUCUUUCAGCAGCACUCCACAACUGCUUGCUGUCGCCACUAAGACAAAACCAUUAAAAGCAAAGCCUAAAGUAACGAAGAAGCCCGGAGCUAAACUUGUUAGUAAGAGUGGAAGGCCGCUGAGCCGACAAGCGACUGCUGCAAAGAAAUUAUCUACAAAACCGGCCAAGAAGUCAACUCAAAAACCAACCAAAAAGCUUGCAGCGAAGCCCGUCAAGAAACUUGUCAAGAAACCCGUCAAGAAAAAGCCAGAAGCCCCUAAAAUUAAAGUUGCGCCCUUGAAGGGACCUAAGAAACCAGGAAAUUCAUUCAGCUUGUUUCUGAAAGAUGUCUUUCAAGAGGAACGGGGAAAGAAUCCUGAAAUGAAAGUGACAGAAAUCUGUAAACUUGCUGCUAAUAAGUGGAAGGAUCUUUCUGAAAACGAGAAAUUGGUUUAUCAAGACAAAUCCGUAAAAGCAAAGGCCGAUUUCGAAAAGGAGCAGCAAAAAUUCUUAGACUCUUUGACUCCGCUGGAUUAUGCGCGUGAAAAUGAGCGACGACGAGCAAAGAAGAAGAAACCUAUGAAAGAUCCGAAUCUACCAAAGAGACCACGUACAGGAUUUUUGCACUUUGCGGUAGAUAUGAUGAAACAACCCGAAUUUGCUAUAGAGCCAAGUAUCACCCAACGAAUGUCGGCUAUCAGUAAGAAGUGGAAAUUAAUGAAUGAUGAUGAAAAGAAGACAUAUACGGACAAGCACGCAGAAGAGAGAGAGAGAUAUCUUGCCGAAAAGGCGGUUUAUAUGAAACAGUUGGAUCAAUUAAAGGAAGCCAAUCCUCUAUAA